AUGAGAGAUACGACAAAUAAUAUUAAAGACACAGAAAGCACUAACAGGAAUGCCGAAGACCUUACAAAUCAAUCCGACGAAGAUACUGACACAGAAGCUUCACGAAAUAGAACACUUAAAACGAGCAUGCGUAAAAAGACUAAAAUUCAGAAUAAUAGCGAUGAUGAGUUAUUGAAAUUAUUGCAGGAUAAAACUUAUGAUGAGGAUGUUUCAUUUUGUGAAAUGAUCAUACCAAUGCUCAAGAAUCUCUCAACAGACCAGAAACAUUACGCUAAAAUUGAAAUUCUGAAUGCACUUAACAGAGCAACUAAAUAUUCACCACAAAAUUUUAUACCGCCUAGAGUCAGAUCCGCUAUGUCUCAAUAUCAAUCAUCAUCAUCAUCGUAUUCAUCUUACAACCCAAAUACGCCAUCACCCUGCCCAAAUACUAUCCGUCAAUCUCCUUCUCCCCAAAUUUACCAAUACCCACCAUCUUUUCCUCAAUCUCCGCCUGAUCCGUCUCCUCAAACACAAUACACACCAUCUCGUAAUUCAACUGUCAUUCCUCAAUCUCCACCUGAUCCGUCUCCUCAAACCCAAUACACACCAUCUCGUAAUCCAACUGUCAUUCCUCAAACUCCGCCUGAUCCGUCUCCUCAAACCCAAUACACACCAUCUCGUAAUUCAACUGUCAUUCCUCAAUCUCCGCCUGAUCCGUCUCCUCAAACCCAAUACACACCAUCUCGUAAUUCAACUGUCAUUCCUCAAUCUCCGCCUGAUCCGUCUCCUCAAACCCAAUACACACCAUCUCGUAAUUCAACUGUCAUUCCUCAAUGUCCGCCUGAUCCGUCUCCUCAAUCCCAAUACUCGCUGUAA